AUGAGCAAGCCACAUAUUAUAGCUAUACCUUUGCCGGCACAAGGCCAUGUAAUGCCCUUGAUGGAGUUCUCACAGUGCUUAGCACAUCAUGGCUUCAGAGUCACAUUUGUGAACACAGAAACUAUUCACAAGAAAAUUGUGAAUGCAAUGGCCAAUGAAAAUCAUAUACGGCAUGAUCAUGUUCAUCUGGUUUCAAUUCCAGAUGGAUUAGAAACGGAGGAGGAUAGAAAUGGGCCAGGGGUGCUAUCUGAAGCAAUACAAGCAGUCCUGCACCAGAAUUUGGAGGAGAUCAUAGAGAAGAUCAACAAAGAGGAAGAUGAAAAAAUCACUUGUCUCAUAGCCGAUGAGAGUUGUGGGUGGGCUCUGGAAGUAGCGCAAAAAAUGAAGAUCGUGAAGGUGGCUGCCUUUUGGCCUGCAGCAGCUGCAACUUUGGUGUUGAACUUUUGUAUACCAAAUUUAGUUCAUGAAGGAAUCAUUGAUGAUGAAGGAACUGUAUUGAAAAGCCAGAUGGUUCAAUUGGCACCAAAAAUGCCAAUGAUUAAAUCUGCAAACUUUGUGUGGGCGUGUGCAGACGUAAGCGUUCGGAAAAUCCUAUUCCAUUUUUUGGAAAGAGCCAACAAGAAUGCGAAAUUAGUAGAUUGGCUAGUUUGCAACUCAGCAUACGAGAUUGAGCCAACAGCAAUUGCUUUGGAACCACAGAUAUUACCAAUAGGCCCGCUUUUGGCUAGCAGCCGCCUUGGCAAUUCAGCAGGCAGCUUGUGGCCAACAGACUCAACUUGCUUAAAAUGGUUGGAUGAACAACCACCUUGCUCAGUGAUCUAUGUUGCAUUUGGAAGUACAGCACUUUUUAAUCAAACUCAGUUCCACGAACUGGCUUUAGCCCUGGAGUUAUCUAAUAAGCCAUUCCUUUGGGUAGUGAGACCAGAUAUUAGUGAUAGCAUUCCCUACCCUGAAGGAUACAAAGAAAGAGUAGGCUCUAAAGGGUUGAUGGUGGGAUGGGCACCACAGCAGAAGGUUCUGGCCCAUCCUUCAAUUGCUUGCUUCCUAAGUCAUUGUGGGUGGAACUCUACAAUAGAAGGUGUCAGCAAUGGGGUUCCUUUCUUGUGCUGGCCAUACUUUGCUGACCAGUUCAUCAAUGAGAGCUACAUUCGCGACGUUUGGAAUGUCGGGUUGGGGUUCGAUAAGAAUGAAAGUGGGAUCAUUACUCGAGGAGAAAUCAAGAAAAAAGUUGAGCACUUGCUAGGUGAUGAAGUCUUCAAAGCAAGGGCUUCCAAACUCAAGGAAAUGGCUGUGGCAACUAUCAAAGAAGGAGGACAAUCUAACAAGAUCUUCAAAAAGUUUAUUGAAUGGAUUAAGUCAUAG